ACGGAACACGACCUCCGGACCCCGGUCGCUUCGCUUGGCAAGCAAGAAGCGAAGCGACGGCGGCAGAAGCCACCAUCAUUCAUUCAUUCAUCCAUGGCUUGCCCUCGAAUCCAGUGGAAAGAAACACGUUUCGGCGAUGUUGCGAACCUUCUUCCCGGCGCGACAAGGGACGGACAAGUGCUUGCUUCUCCUCGUGCUCCAUCCAUCCCUUGUCCUGCCGCCUGCCUACCUAGUACCUGCCCCCUUGAUCGAUCAUCCUUGCAAGCUUUCUUGUGGUCUUCUUUAGCCAAGCCGCAACUACUCCAUUAUCACCGAGAGGGUUCGAUCCAAUCCUUCGUCACAUCACCGUCCGUCAACGCAGCUAAUCGGGUUCCCGGUAUUGAUAAGCCGUUAAUCAUCGCAGGGUCGGUGUCGGGUCAGUCACACAUUUAUGCUUUCUCUACACGCAGGGACACGCUUCGGAACGCCACGGCAGAGCCCAGGGGUAAGUCAAAUCCGGUGGAAUUAGAAAUCGGCUUAGAAAAUCUCCCCAAAUCGAAUUAUGUUUCUUAUACUAGAAGACAUCCAAACCCAAUAAUUUUAUUUUUUUCAGAAAUAUCAAUCAGAAAAAUAGAAAGAAUAACAGAUCCGAUCAAAUUAGGAGAAUUGAGAUCUCCUGAGCUCUGUAUAUAAACGGGACACGGUCGAUGUGGAAAUGGAAGAAGAAGCUGGGCCACAGCCUCUCCCGCUUCCUCUCCCCCAAACCCCCAUUCAACCUCGCCAAGACCAAACCCAACCUCGCACCACCGCCGCCGCCGCCACCACCACAGCCGCCGCUACCGUCCAAUUACCCGAUUCCGCCGCAGCCAGCCAUGCCCCACGGACGCCCCCCACCGCCGGCGUUCCCGGGCGGCCACGUUUUCCCGCAGGCGGCGUCGACGGUGCUCCCUGACCCGUCCCGCUUCUUCGCGCCGGGGCUCCUGUCCGCGCCGCUCCCCACCAACUGCUUCUUCCAGAACUUCACGCUGAAGAACGGCGACCAGCCGGAGUACAUCCACCCGUACUCUGUCAAGUCCGCCGCCGCGGGGCUCACGGUGUGCUACCCGACGCGCAACCAUUCCCCUACCUUCGACAUCCAGACCUUCGCCGCCGACCUCACCGUCUCCUCCCCGUCCGCCGCCGCCGGCCAGCUCCACCGCAUCGUCGCCUUCGACGACCUCUCCGUCACCCUCGACUUCUCCCCGUCCCUCCGCGCCUUCCUCGUCCGCGGCUGCCCCUUCGUCACCGUCGCCACCGCCGACGCCGCGGGCCCCGUCGACAUCUCCGUCGCCUCCGUCCACGCCUUCAUCGAGGCCGUCCCCUGCGACGACGCCCGCACCAAGUGGCGCCUCCGGAUGAACAGCGGCCAGACCUUCCUCCUCUACGCGUCCGCGCCGAUCCAGCUCUCGCAGUCAAGCGUCACGCAGCUGGCGGCGCCGGGAUUCUCCGGCGUGAUCCGGAUCGCCUACCUGCCCGACGCGGCCAUGGAAGCGGUCCUCGACCAGUACAGCCGGUGCUUCCCGACGGCCGGGGAGGCCGCGCUGAACCGGCCCUUCUGCGUCGACUACACCUGGCGCAAGCAAGGGUGGGGGGAUCUGCUCAUGCUCGCCCACCCGCUCCACCUCCGCCUGCUCUCCGAGGACUGCUCCGCCCGUGUCCUCGACGACUUCAGGUACCGGAGCAUCGACGGCGACCUGGUCGGCGUCGUCGGCGAUUCCUGGAUCUUAAAAACCGACCCGUUGUCCCCAACAUGGCAUUCUACACGGGGCGUCAACGACAACGGGGUCGGCGAGAUCGUGGCCGCGCUGCGCAAGGAUGUUGACAGCCUUGCUUCCAAUCCCAUCACGACCACCUCGUCCUACUUCUACGGGAAGGCAAUCGCCAGGGCGGCGAGGCUGGCUUUGAUCGCCGAGGAGGUCGGGUGCCCCGACGCCAUCCCUGCGGUGCACCGGUUCUUGAAGGCCACCGUCACGCCAUGGCUGGACGGCAGCUUCCAGGGGAACGGCUUCCUGUAUGAUCCCAAAUGGGGCGGUCUUAUCACGAAGCAGGGGAUGAAGGACUCCGGCGCGGACUUCGGCUUCGGGAUCUACAACGACCACCACUACCAUCUGGGCUACUUCCUGUACGCCAUCGCCGUGCUGGCCAAGAUCGACCCGUCCUGGGGGAGGAAGUACAUGUCCCAGGCCUACUCCAUGGUGGCCGAUUUCAUGACGCUGUCGCGCAAGUGCGGCGCGAGCUACACCAGGCUGAGGACGUUCGACCUCUGGAAGCUGCAUUCGUGGGCGGGGGGGCUGACGGAGUUCGGCGACGGGCGCAACCAGGAGAGCACCAGCGAGGCCGUGAACGCCUACUACUCCGCCGCGCUGCUCGGGCUGAGCUACGGCGACACGCACCUCGUCUCCGCUGGCGCGACGCUCACGGCGCUGGAGAUGCUGGCGGCGCAGACGUGGUGGCACGUCCGGGAAGGGGAAGGGAUCUACGAGGACGACUUCAGCGGCAACAACCGCGUCGUGGGCGUGCUGUGGGCGAACAAGAGGGACAGCGGGCUCUGGUUUGCGCCGCCCGAGUGGAAGGAGUGCAGGCUAGGGAUCCAGCUGCUGCCUCUCCUGCCCAUCAGCGAGGCCCUCUUCCCGGACAUUGGGUUCGUCAAGGACCUGGUGAGCUGGACCGCGCCGGCGCUGGCGAGGGACGGCGUCGGAGAAGGGUGGAAGGGCUUCGUGUACGCGCUGGAGGGAAUCUACGACAAGGAGUCGGCGUUGGCCAAGACCAGGGCGCUGACGUCGCACGACGACGGCAACACGCUGACGAACCUGCUGUGGUGGCUCCACAGCCGCGGCAGCGUCGACGACGGCGUCGCCAGGUGCUGCUGGUAUCGCCAGUAUGGCCAUUGACGCAGAGUAUGGCGGCUGUUACCACAUGGCAAAUGUGGUUAGCAAUUAAAAAUGCAAUCAAAAAGAGUAUGGCGGCUGUUCUUGAGGGAUGCAAAGCUGGGAGCUGGAAUUCUGGAAAUGCUCGGGUUUCAGAGUGGCAGAGUUGUUGGUUCGCUGAAAGAUACAGACAAACAGAGUGGUUGUUCGUUCUUCACGAUGUUAUAGCGCUGAUUUUAUCCCAAUAAAUAUCGUUCUUGUCACCAAAGAUUGCUCAUGUCAA